UCCACCGUUAAGGGGAAGACACAGAUGGAUAUAACAUUAAAAGAAUCACAAGCCCCGAAAGCUAAAGUAAUGCUAUGGACAGAUGUAAGCUAUCAUGACAUGGAUGAGAUCGACAAACUUCAGUCCACUCCAGAUCUGGAAAGUGCUUUAUGCAGUUUAUUUCAAGUUGACCUCCCUGAACCAAAAAGAGGAGUUCUGUUGGAGCUGUAUGUCCAAACUGUACUUUUUUGCAGAGAGCACAGUUUUAAAAAGGAACAAACUUCUGCUCUCCUGUCCAUCAUUAAGUCCAUUCAUGAGGCAAAUGUGGGAACUCCCCUCAACAUCGAGCAGUGUUAUAAAUACUGCAAUGAGCUCUUGCUUUGUCACUCAGUUAGGCGACCUCCCUUUAGUGUAAGCCUUUUCAGCUCUGAGGAAGUGACACAUGUCUUGAAGUACAUCCACAACAACUAUAUGAGACACUAUAAACUCUAUAAAUAUAUUUUUACUCCACAGCAAAAACUUGAUCUAUCUUUGACUUACACUGGGAUUCCAGAUGACGAUGAACAAACUUUGGAGGAUUUUGUUGUUCCAGAUAUGAUGCUCAACAUCUUUGUGAUUUCUAAAAGACAGAAUAUAUACCUGCUUUUUUUUCUGUUUUCUGCAGCAGAUGAUAAAAAGGUGUUGGAAGAAGUAGAUCCUAGGUCUCCUGAAAUGCAGGAAUCAUCAGCAGAGCCAACAGGGGCCACACUCGCUUCAAACUCAGAACUGAAAGCACUGAUACAGCAAGAAGUCAGAGAGCAGAUGAUGAUUAUGUCUGGACAACUAGACCAGCGAAUGAAGGACAACCAGAGGGUCAAAAAAUAAGUUUGUCAUGUUUUGCAUUCAAACAGGCAUUCAAUUCAGACAAAAUAAAGACAUUCUAAUAUAUUCUGACUAAUAUUUGUUUUAUUGUCAAGGAAAUCCUUUUCUUCAUGUACAAUGUAUAUAUACAUUUGUAAAAUUACAGUACAUUUCUAAGACAGGCACUUUCACAAGAAGUGCUCGAAAGAAUGAAUUAAGUAGGGAAUGCACAGCAAUGCUAUUUUUUUAUACGUAAUAAUGACAAACAGUCUUUACAGUUAGUGUGUGUGGACUUCCAUAUACGGAAUGUCUGCAUGCAUGACAACUAAAAGUAUAUCUUGAU